AUGGGCUGCAAAGGCUCCAAGCACGCGCUGCUGGACGGUGGCGGCUGCGGGCCGCGGGCGCCCGAGCCGCUGAGGUGCUCCGGCCUCCUGCCGCGCCACUCCGUCGCGCUCAGCUCCUGCACGCUCGGCACGCUAAGCCUCGACCGCGCCACGGCCGCCGCCGCAGCCUCCACCGCGGUUUCUUUCGGUCGAGCGGAGCGGACGAGUACGGCACGUUCGGUGAAGGACGGCGCCGCGGGGAGGUGCCGCUCCACGCUGUGGCUCCCGGCGUCGUCGCCGACGACAGACGAGCCCUCGAAGCGGCAGAGGCGGCCGCCGCCCCGAACACCGACCAAGACGCCGGCGCGCGACCCGGAGGAGAUCAACGUGUGGGAGCUCAUGGAAGGCCUCGACUCCGACUCCGACUCCGACGACAACGCGCUGCUGCGUUCCGCGGCCGGAUCGCCGGAGUUCGACGAGGACGUCCUCUCGGCCUUCCGCGACGCGCUCGCCGAAUUCUCGCCGCCUCCCCCGGACGACCCCGUCAAGAAAGAGGAAAUCCAGGUGUUCGCCGGCGUCGUGCGCGCGCGGCUCGACGCGUUCCAGCAGAGGAUCGACGGCGGCGGCAGGCCCGGAAAGAACUCCUCCACGCCUUCCCCGUCGCCGCCGCCGGAGAGCGCGCGGCGGGUCGUCCUGUACCUCACGAGCCUCCGCGGCGUGCGGCAGACGCACGAGGACUGCUGGGCGGCGGCCACCAUCCUCGCCGGCUACGGCGUGCGCGUCGACGAGCGCGACCUGUCCAUGCACGCCGGGUACAAGGACGAGCUGCGCGCCGCGCUCGGCCUUACUGGCCCAGGCAACAUCGGGCUCCCGCAGGUGUUCGUGGACGGAUGGCACCUGGGCGGCGCCGAGGACGUCCGGCGCAUGCACGAGUCCGGGGAGCUGGCGGAGGCGCUCGAGGCCUGCGAGCCGGCGCCGGGCGUCGGGGUCAAGGAAGGAUCGGGCCUGCCCGUGGAGUCGUGCGGGGGCUGCGGAGGCGCGCGCUUCGUGCCGUGCGACGGCUGCUCCGGCAGCUGCAAGGUGUUCGUCGAGGACGAGGACGGCACGGGCGCCUUCAGGAGGUGCCCCGAGUGCAACGAGAACGGGCUACUCCGAUGCCCGAUUUGUUGA